AUGGUUGAACAAGAAACAGACAAAUUAUCUAAAGAUUCUGGAACUGAUAUAACAGCCACGCCACGAUUCACCGCUGCUUUGGUUGAGCUUGUGUACCGACAAUUGGCGGAUGUUGGCGAGGAUCUGGAAUUGUUUGCCAAACACGCUAAAAGAAAGACUAUAAUCCCUGAUGAUCUGUUCAUGGUGAGCCGGAAGAAUGACGCAUUACGAGAAUUGCUCAAGGACCAUCUCCAAUAUUUGGAACGAGGAUCAGGAGACGUGAAUAAUGGACAUUCUAACCCACCAGUCUCUGAUAGUGAUGAACCCUUCAGCGAUCUUAGCCAACCGUGA